AUGGCCAAGGACGCCACUGUCGGUGUCGCCGUUGCGCGCACCGCCUCCAUCGCGUCAGCUCAACAGUCUACCGCCGCAACCAGCUCGGCCACCGACACCGCUCUGCUGCCGGGGCGCUCCGCACCGCCGCCGUCGAUGCGUCUGCGGCUCGUCAACGAGCACGUCCGGCCGCGGCUACACAAGCUAAAAAAGGUGCUGUUCAACUAUGCCAAGUUUGUCGGCCCGGGCUUCAUGAUUUCCGUCGCCUACAUCGACCCCGGCAACUACGCCACCGAUAUCGCAGCUGGCGCUUCGUACCAGUACAAGCUGCUCUUCAUAGUCCUACUCAGCAACCUCUUCGCGAUCCUGCUGCAGACGCUCGCCAUCCAGCUCGGCUCCGUCACCGGCAACGACCUCGCCUCGGCCUGCCGCGCCCACUGCCCGCGCUGGCUCAACUACCUGCUCUAUGCCCUCGCCGAAAUCGCCAUCAUCGCCACCGACCUCGCCGAGGUGAUUGGCACCGCCAUUGCCCUGAACCUGCUCAUCCCCCGCCUGCCCCUCGUCGCCGGCGUCGCCCUCUCCAUUGUCGACGUCAUGUUCAUCCUCAUCUUUUACCGCCCCGACGGCGCCAUGAAGGGCCUGCGCCUCUUUGAGCUGUUUGUCUGCCUGCUCGUCCUUGGCGUCGUCGUCUGCUUCGGCAUCCAGCUCUCGCUGAUCAAGGGAUCGAGCGUCGCCGACGUCUUUCGCGGCUUCGUGCCCUCCAAGGAGCUCGUUGAGCCGCAGGCGCUGUACCAGGCGUGCGGCAUCCUCGGCGCCACCGUCAUGCCGCACAGCCUGUUCCUCGGGUCCGGCAUCGUCCAGCCGCGCCUCCGCGAGUACGACAUGCAAAAGGGCCUUAUCCCCGCCGAGCCCGACGCGUCCACCAGCGAGGACGGCUACGAGAGCAAGAUUGUCUACGUGCCCUCGCAGGCCGCCAUCAAGCACUGCCUCACCUACUCCAUCGUCGAGCUCAGCACCUCGCUCUUUACCUUUGCGCUCUUUGUCAACUCGGCUAUUCUCAUCGUCGCCGGCGCCUCGCUCUACAAGAACCCCGAGGCCCUCGACGCCGACAUCUUUGGCAUCCACGACCUGCUCUCCAAGAGCAUCUCGCCCGCCGUCGGCACCAUCUUCGCCCUGGCCCUGCUGCUCUCCGGCAUCUCCGCCGGCAUCGUCUGCACUAUUGCCGGCCAGAUGGUCUCCGAGGGCGCGCUGCGGUGGAAGGUGAAGCCCUGGGUGCGUCGGCUCAUUACGCGGUCCAUCAGCGUCGCGCCCUCGCUCGUCAUUGCCGGCGCCAUUGGCCGCGAGGGCCUCAACACGGCCCUCACCGCCUCCCAAGUCAUUCUUAGCACGGUCCUGCCCUUUACUACCCUCCCGCUCAUCUACUUUACCAGCCGCAGCCGCUACAUGACGGUGCGGCCCGGCAUGGCGCGCUACCAGGUCGAGGACGAGACGGUCAGUGUCGUCGACGACGACACCCCGGGGAUCGACAUGUCCAACCCGUGGUGGCUCAUUAUUCUUGGAAGCCUCGUGUGGCUGGUCAUGGCCGUCAUGAACGUGGCGAAUCUUGUCCUUCUUGGUCUCGGCAAAGCUGGUUGA